CGGGUUUGGGAAAAAGAGUCCCAAGUUAGAUCAGAGGCUGGGGGUGCAGGGUCUCCUGGAUUCUGCAAGUCAGGACACACCUAGCUCCCUACCCCCACUGCUGGUUAACCUGUGACCACUUAGGAGUAUCUUUCAUUUAGGGAGGGGCCUUGGCAAAGAAGCCUUAUUGUGGAUCACAUGACCUCAGGCACCAGUUGGGACAGGGGAGACUGAGGCAGAGGCAGAGAUCAGGAGAGAUUUUGGGGGUUGGCUAGGCUGCAGACAAUAGCAUUGGGGUGGGUGGGGUGGGGAUGUUACAGGUGCCUUCUCCUGGGAGGGUGCUCAUCCCUCUAUGAACUAAAGCAGAGGCCAUGGGAGGCAUUUCUGCCUGGGCCUGGCUCCCUGCAGGGCAGUGGGCACUGGGGCAGAUCAGAGGGCCCUAUCUCCGGGGCCCGCCAUCCCACCCAGUGCUGGAGGACCUGCUUAGUCUCUGGCUCACCUCUGGCCUGCCCUGAGCUGCCCAGUAAUUGUGGCUAAUGACUAGAACAUUGUAGCUUAUUAGGACUGACGGGAUUUGUUCUUUGUAGGAAAUUAUUCAGGACUGCUAGACCUGUAACUGCUGGCAUGACAGAUGUGCUUUCCUGAAUUAGAAAAUCAAGUCAUUCCGCUCGGGUCUGGAUUCCUCUGUGAGAAACUAGACAUGGAAGGCUUAAAACCUGGGCAUAAAAAGAGGAUCCUUCCGUCCUGGAUGACAACCCAGGCGGCUGAGAAGAGAGCAGUGCCAGUGAAGACCCCUAGGAGGAGAAUGGCCACAGGGCUGGUGGCAGCAACAGCAGCCAGACCCCCCACAGUGGAGACUGUGUACUGCAUGAACGAAGCUGAGAUGGUCGACGUGGCUCUGGGCGUCCUGAUUGAGGUGCAGAAACAGGAGGAGUCACGGAAGCAGCUGUCUCUGGCAGGCACCAAAAAGCCCAGGCUUUCCCCUCCCUGCUCCAUGUCACCUCACACAAGCUCUGGUGAUGAAGAAGAGGACAGUGAGAAAGACGCUCCCUCUCCAGGCCUUGGCCCUUCUCAGGGGCCUGGUGGUUCUGACUCUGCCCAUAACACAAGCCCCAAGGAGGAGGAGGAUGUGUUAAAAUAUGUCAGGGAGAUAUUUUUCAGCUAAGGGGAAACUGUUCACUGGGCUUCACUGAGAGAAGCUGGAGGGUGCCGGACCUGCCCCAGUGGGGGCUCCCACCCCUGUCAACUCCCCAACAAGGGCCUGCUCCUGAGGCACACCUUGAAACUCACAAAGGAACUUGAGCAGACCUAGGCCAUCGGGCCAAGACUUGACGGCCGCCUGGGGCUGUCUCAGCAUGUGGACGUGGUGUCUGCCCCCUGCUCUGUGCCUCCCAGGCCUGGCUGAUUCAGCUUAGGCCAGAACCAGGGCGCCCUAGGCAUGGGGCUGCCAUUUUGAGUGUGUGGAAUGAAGACUCGAGGUGAUCCUGUUAGAAUUCCUCUCUGCCCUGUGCUCCCGGCUCAGAGGGUUCACAGUCCCAGCCGUCUGUUCUGCUUUUACCACGUUGCAGGGGAAAUGAGGUCAUGUGUCCAUCUUCUGAAACUGAGGAGACAGUGUUGUAAUUUUUGAAGAAAAGCAGCUGCUAAGUACACUGGAGGUCCUACAGCUUAGUCCAUACCAUCUCUCCUGAAGAGGAAGCCUCUUAAUUUCUGCCACAAGGCAGUCUCUCGGUGAGCUCUCACCCUUCCCACUGGCCUUGAGG